AUGUAUGAAGGGAUUGACAACCUGAAAUCCCUUUACGACCGUGCCGGGAAGACUUUCUCCGGCGGUCCUUCUGCGGCACAGGAUGUGCCGCGUCGUACUGCUCAACCAGAUCCAGUACGUCAACCAUCAGUUGGGAGCGGGGCUCCCAAGUAUCCCAGGACGGGGGAUAGCCGCGCCACCGGACGAGAUAACUCGUCCGACGUCCGUUCACGUCGCGGUGGUUCAACAGCUGCUCAACUAGAUAGCGCUGGCCACCGCGAGAGUCCUCUAAUGGAGGUGGAGGAGGAGGAAAGACGCUCUCCACACGAUCAUGUGGAUCGGUGUGUUCCCGAGAGCUUCUUUGAUCGCGUAACGCAAGGGUUACGCGACGAUCUCGAACAUGAGCGGAAUAGGCGUCUCCAAAUGGCGGACACUGCCUCGAAGCAUCGAGCUGAGUUUGCCUUUGCUCAGCUUGAGAACGAGAGAUCUCUGACAUCUCUUCGUGACGAGCUAAGGGUAGCUCGUGGGAUUGUUGAUCGGUCUCGGGAUGAGAUAGCUGCUCUUCAGACCCUUGUUGAUGCCCACCAUCGGGAGCACAAGGCUCUCUGCGAGAUGCUUGAGCGCAAGGGCGUUCUUCAUCGGAAGAAACAGCGUACUGAUCGUACGGCUAAAGCCGACCAACGUAAAACGUGGGAUGCGUUCGCAUCUUACGUAACAAUUCAAUCGUGUAUACAUUGCCUAGGCGAUGCAAUACACGAAAUGGGCCGAUGUACUUGGGUAGUAGUUUACUGCUACCCAAGUUAG